CGUUCAAAACGAAAAUACGAACAGUUGGAGAAUUUAUCCAGACCUGUAUUAAAGCUAGCUAAACCUGGAGAUGUCAUUGUCGAUUUCUGCAGUGGAAGUGGACACUUAGGGAUCCUAAUUGCGUAUUUGAGGAAGGAUUGCACUGUUAUUUUACUGGAGAAUAAGGAAGAGUCACUCAACAGAUCGAAAUUGAGGGUGAAGAAACUGAAACUGGAUAAUGUGAGAUUUUAUCAAUGCAAUCUUGAUUAUUUCAAAGGAAAAUUCGAUAUUGGAAUGUCUCUUCAUGCUUGUGGCGUUGCAACUGAUUUGGUUAUUCAACAUUGCAUUAAGAGAGAUGCAAUAUUUGUUUCUUGUCCCUGUUGUUACGGAUCUGUUCAGAAUUGUCAUCAUAUUUCAUAUCCAAGGAGCAAUUUCUUUAAGAGUGUAAUUAUGGUGAGGGAUUAUUUGAUUAUUGGACAUGCCGCUGAUCAAACACAUGAUGAAAAAAAUGUUAAAACCAAACAGGGAUAUCAUUGCAUGAGCAUUAUCGAUGCUGAUAGGAAGUUGCAAGCUGAGGAAUGUGGGUACACGGUUUUUAUAAGCAAACUUGUGCCUGAAAAUUGUACACCGAAGAAUAAUUUAUUAGUGGGUAUUCCGGGUGAUAGUUUUGUAAAUAAUUGUAUUGUUAGUGUCCUUGAAAAUGUCAACUUAACUUCAAGUCCUGAAUGAUUCAAAAGUACGAAGAAAUAUUAGGGGUCGGGUAUUUGAAUUGAUUUUUACACUGAACUGUAUAUAAAUAGGAUUCAAUCGUGUUGAGUUUUGUAAGUUUGAUGAUAAUAAAUUCGUUGGCUGCAAGAGAA